UGACGUCAUCAGCAGAGAUGGUUAAGUUGGAGCAGCUGAUGUCGCUCUAAAAAUAAUCCCUCUGUCCUUUCCAACUCUCCCCUAUUUAGUUUCUUUUCCUUUUCUUCUGUGUUUUCCAGUAUUGGUGGAAUGAGAAGGUUUCGGUGAGGAGACUUUGUCUGUUUGCAGUCUGAGUUCAGGAGUGAGAGGAGCCGAUGGCUGGAGGCCUGCCUUUGUCGUUUUGCGGUAACAACAAGGUUCCCAACGCCUACAGCGUGGAAAAGGGGGUGCUGAACAAUGGCUGCCUCGUGGACGCUCUCAACCUGGUUCCUCACGUCUUCCUGCUCUUCAUCACCUUCCCCAUCCUCUUCAUCGGUUGGGGCAGUCAGAGCUCCAAGGUGCAGAUCCAUCACAACACCUGGCUUCAUUUUCCGGGUCACAACAUGAGGUGGAUCCUCACCUUCCUGCUCCUCUUCGUCCACGUGUGCGAGUUCGCCGAGGGAAUCGUCUCCAACACGAUGAUGAGCACCAACCACCUCCACCUGUUCAUGCCGGCCUUCAUGGGUUUCAUCGCAGCCACGACGUCCGUGGUUUACUACCACAACAUCGAGACGUCCAACUUCCCCAAGCUGCUGCUGGUCCUCUUCAUCUACUGGGUCUUAGCGUUCAUUACCAAGUCCAUAAAGCUGUGGAAGUUUGCAGAGUUUGGGAUCAGGUUCAAGUACCUGAGGUUCUGCAUCACGGCGCUGUUGGUGGUUCUGUACGGACUCCUGAUGGCCGUGGAGAUCAAUGUCAUCAGAGUCAGGAAAUACAUGUUUUUCACCAACCCCCAGAAGGUGAAGCCCCCGGAGGACCUGCAGGACCUGGGGGUCCGCUUCCUGCAGCCGUUUGUCAACCUGCUCUCUAAGGCGACGUACUGGUGGAUGAACCCGCUCAUCAUCGGGGCCCAUAAGAGGCCCAUUGAGCUGAAGAAGAUCGGCAAGCUGCCCAUCGCCAUGAGAGCCCUGACCAACUACCUGAGGCUCAAAGACGCCUACGAGGAUCAGAGGACGGGUGAAGAUCCGGACCGAGCUCCGUCCAUCUGGCGCUCCAUGUACAGAGCCUUUGGCCGGCCGAUCCUGCUCAGCAGCACCUUCCGGUACCUGGCGGACCUGCUGGGCUUCGCCGGGCCUCUCUGCAUCUACGGCAUAGUCCGGAACCUGGAGGUGCCGAAAAACUUCACAUCAACCGACAAGGAAGUGGAUAACGAUUUUGGUGUGUACUUCAUGCACACCACCGAACUCAUGGAAAACAGCUCUGUGUUGGCCGUUCUGCUCUUCCUGGCUCUGGUCCUGCAGAGAACCUUCCUUCAGGCCUCCUACUACGUCACCAUUGAGACGGGCAUCAACCUGAGGGGGGCUCUACUGGCGAUGAUCUACAACAAAAUCCUUCGACUGUCCACCUCCAACAUGUCGAUGGGGGAGAUGACUCUGGGUCAAAUCAACAACCUGGUCGCCAUCGAGACCAACCAGCUGAUGUGGUUCCUCUUCCUCUGCCCCAACCUCUGGGCCAUGCCUGUACAGAUUGUGAUGGGAGUGAUUCUGCUCUACAACUUCUUGAGCUGGAGUGCUUUGGUGGGAGCAUCGGUGAUAGUUCUGUUGGCUCCGGUUCAGUACCUCAUUGCUACAAAGCUGGCGGAGACACAGAAAAGCACCCUGGAACACUCCACAGAUCGUCUGAAACAGACCACAGAGAUCUUAAAGGGUAUCAAGCUGCUGAAGCUGUACGCCUGGGAGGAUAUCUUCUGUGACAGCGUGGAGCAGACCAGAGGCAAAGAGCUCACCAGCCUGAGGACGUUUGCUUUCUACACAUCCAUGUCCAUUUUCAUGAACGCUGCUAUUCCCAUCGCUGCCGUUCUUGCUACGUUUGGGGUGCAUCACUUCCUCACCAGCAGCAUUCCCAGUCCUUCUCAUGCCUUCGCAGCUCUGGCGCUUUUUCACAUCCUGGUCACUCCACUCUUCCUGCUCUCUACUGUGGUCAGGUUUGCGGUGAAGGCCCUCGUCAGCGUCCAGAAGCUCGGUGAGUUUCUUCAGAGUGAUGAAAUCGGAGAUGACAGCUGGAGAAAUGGAGACAUAUCCGUUUCCCUGGACGUUGGGAAGAAACACCUGGGAAUGACCACAGCCAUCAACAGGAAGGGGCCGAAGCGCUACCAGAUGGACCACUACGAGCAGCCGAGCCGGCGCGCGAUGAGACCCAUGGAGACGGAGAACGUGGCAGUAAAGGUGAGCGGAGGAUCCUUCACCUGGGGAAACAACCAGCUGACGCUGUCAGACAUCAACAUCCGGAUCCCCACAGGUCAGCUGACGAUGAUCGUGGGCCAGGUGGGUUGUGGGAAAUCCUCCCUGCUGCUGGCCAUGCUGGGAGAGAUGCAGGCAAUCGAUGGGAGAGUUCACUGGAGCAAACUGCCUGAUUGUGAGAUGAGCCACGAAGGGAGCUUCAGCUGGUCAGAGAUUGAGGACUCUGAGGAGGACGUCGGGAGCAAGAACAGAAACUCAGUGGCCUACGCUGCCCAGAAGUCCUGGCUGCUCAACGCCACGGUGGAGGAAAACAUCACCUUCGGCAGUCCCUUCAACAAACAGAGGUACAAAGCUGUAAUCGAUGCCUGCUCUCUUCAGCCGGACAUCGACCUUCUGCCGUUUGGAGAUCAAACUGAGAUCGGGGAGAGGGGGAUCAACCUAAGUGGAGGUCAGAGGCAGAGGAUCUGUGUGGGCAGAGCUCUGUAUCAAAACACCAACAUCGUCUUUUUGGACGAUCCGUUCUCAGCGCUGGACAUCCACCUCAGCGAUCACCUGAUGCAGGAAGGAAUCCUCAAGUUUCUGCAGGACGACAAGCGAACCGUGGUGCUCGUCACCCACAAACUGCAGUACCUGAUACACGCAGACUGGAUCAUAGCGAUGAAAGACGGCUCCGUUCUCAGGGAGGGAACCUUGAAGGACAUUCAGACUCACGACACGGAGCUCUACGAUCACUGGAAAACUCUGAUGAACAGGCAGGACCAGGAGCUGGAGAAGGACAUUCAGCAGGACAGUCAGACGCUGCUGGAAAGGAAGACCCUGAGGAGAGCUUUCUACUCCAGGGAGCCCAAGAACCAGAUGGAUGAUGAGGAUGAAGAGGAGGAAGAGGAGGACGACGACGAUGACGACUUUUCCACCACCACCAGCAGGCGGUCCAAGAUCCCUUGGAAGAUGUGCUGGUGCUACCUCUCCUCCGGUGGCUUCUUCAUGGUCUUCCUAAUGGUUUCCUCCAAACUCCUCAAGCACUCGGUCAUCGUCGCCAUCGACUACUGCCUGGCCCUGCUGACCUCCACCGACUCCAAUCACACGGAACCAGACAUGCAGAACAGGUCCAGCUUCACUAACAGCUCCUCAGACUUCACUGAUGUUCCUCCACAACCUGAGCAGGAUCUCUACUACCUGCACGUGUUCUUCGUCCUGUGUGCCGCUGGAAUCACCCUGUGCCUCAUCACCUCCCUCUCUGUGGAGUUCCUGGGUCUUUCUGCAGCCACCAACCUGCACCACAACCUGCUCAACAAGAUCAUCCACGCUCCCAUCAGGUUUUUUGACGUCACUCCUUUGGGGCAGAUCCUGAACAGAUUUUCUGCUGAUACGAACAUCAUCGACCAGCACAUUCCUCCCACCCUGGAGUCGCUGACCAGAUCCACCCUCCUCUGUCUGUCGGCCAUCGGCGUCAUAUCCCGCAUCACUCCGUACUCCCUGGCAGUCCUGGUUCCCCUCGCUGUGGCCUUCUACUUCAUUCAGAAGUAUUUUCGAGUGGCCUCCAAGGACCUGCAGGACCUGGAUGACUCCACCCAGCUCCCGCUGCUCUGCCACUUCUCUGAGACGGCAGAAGGCCUGACCACCAUCAGAGCCUUCAGACACGAGGCCAAGUUUAAACAGCGCAUGUUGGAGCUGACUGAUACCAACAACACGGCCUACCUGUUUCUGUCUGCUGCCAACCGCUGGCUGGAGGUCCGAACGGACUACCUGGGAGCGGUGAUUGUCCUGACGGUGGCCGUGGCGUCCGUCUGGUCCGGUCAGACAGCUGCCCUGGUGGGACUGGGCCUGACCUACGCCCUCACCAUCACAAACUACUUAAACUGGGUGGUGAGGAACUUAGCAGAUUUGGAGGUCCAGAUGGCGGCUGUGAAGAAGGUCAACAGCUUCCUCGGCACCGAGUCCGAGAACUACGAGGGUUCUAUGGAUGCCUCCCAGGUCCCUGAAAACUGGCCUCAUGACGGAGAGAUAAAAAUCCAGGACCUGUGCGUGCGCUACGACCCCAUGCUCAAACCGGUGCUGAAGCACGUCAACGCGUUCAUCAAACCGGGCCAGAAGGUGGGGAUCUGCGGUCGCACCGGCAGCGGGAAGUCCUCCCUCUCUCUGGCCUUCUUCAACAUGGUGGACAUCUUUGAAGGGAAGAUCGUCAUCGAUGGGAUCGACAUCUGUAAGCUUCCUCUGCAGACGCUCAGGUCACGGCUCUCCAUCAUCCUCCAGGAUCCGGUGCUGUUCAGCGGCUCCAUAAGGUUCAAUCUGGAUCCAGAGAGGAAGUGCACCGACGACCGCCUGUGGGAGGCGCUAGAGAUCGCCCAGCUGAAGAACAUGGUCAAAGCUCUGCCUGGAGGACUGGACGCCAUGGUGACAGAGGGAGGGGAGAACUUCAGCGUCGGUCAGCGGCAGCUCUUCUGCCUCGCCAGAGCCUUCGUCAGAAAAAGCAGCAUCCUCAUCAUGGAUGAAGCCACAGCGUCCAUAGACAUGGCCACGGAGAACAUCUUGCAGAAGGUGGUGAUGACGGCGUUCGCGGACAGAACCGUGGUCACCAUCGCACACCGGGUCCACACCAUCCUGACGGCCGAUCUGGUCAUCGUGAUGAAGAGAGGAAACAUCCUGGAGUACGACAAACCGGAAACUCUGCUGGAGCAGGAGGACGGGAUGUUCGCCUCCUUCGUCAGAGCCGACAUGUAGUCCCCUGAUCGGACGAUGGCCGUCAGACUCAUCCGUCUCACUCCUAAACAUCUUUACUCUAAACUUUAAUAUGCAAGGAGGACAAACAGGAAGUCCAUGUCUAAGCCAAGGAUACAGCAGGAAGCUGCGGAGGCGACUGGAUGCGGUGUACUGCUAAGGUCCUCCUGGAUCAACAGGCCAUUUCACUUAGGUUCAUGCAUCAGCACUAAACAUGUGAUCAUCGAGGGGGGAUUUAUAUAUUCAGACGUGAUUUUAGAGUUUCAAUUAUGUUUAUAAAUAAUUUAGUGUUUGGUUUCGAUGUUUUCACAAAAAAAAAUGAUUUGGGAUCAAAGACUUGAUCGAGCCUUUAAAAUGAAAUAGUUAUGACUAACGUUUAGGUUACAAGGUUGUUCCUCAUUAAUUCAAUUCCAAAAAAACUUUAUUAAAAGAAAAUUAAACGUCAACUAGCAGUUAUUAGCAGCUACCUGCGUUUCUGCUAAUUAUUCUGUCGAAAUUACUCUUUUUUUAAUUUUUUAUAUGUUACGGUGUAUGAUUAAAUAGCCUUAUUUAUGACCAUCCUCUUAAAUUUACCACAAAUCAAAAUGUCUCCAGGUUAGAAAAGAGCUUUCAAUGUGAAAAUAAAUUCCACGAAGAAAUCAAGCAAUGGUUGAGUUAGCCUCGCUCACAUAGAGCAGCUUUCAACACAAACUCUCUCAGGACGGUGUGUGUCAAUUCGCUGCGUCAAGUAGUCCCAGCAGAGUUAAUGGUUUCCUUUAUAUAAAGCUUUUUUCUGAUGUUUGGUUUUAAAGGUUUUAAAAACUAUUUUUUUGUGAACAUUAAGUGAAAUGUAGCUGGAUUUCUUAGUUACAACAAAAGAUCCCGGACAAGCCCCCAACUUUGUUACCUCCCUUUCUCCUUUGGGGAGUUUCUAUAAAUGCUGAGCCUUCAGGCCCUUUUAUAACCAAUGAUUUUUUAAGCUGUUUAACUUUUACGUAUGGCACCACUUUUAUCUAUACUAUAAUAUCACUGAUAUUAAGCAAUAAUGAAGCCAGAGGUGUUUGGUGCCUCACGCAGCUUUCUCACUGUAAAAGAAGUUGCUUUUUAUUGUAUUAUACACUUAAGGUUUAUUGCAAGGUUCUCCCACAGAUGUACCAUUGAUAGAGCAGAUUGAACUGGUCGCUCACAUCAGGAAGAGGAAGAUUCUAGUGACUCUUCGUCAAUCAUGAUGAACCUUUUAGGGACGUUUUUAAUUAUCGGGCUCAUAAGGCUAGUUGUGAAAAUGUCUUGAUGGAUGGGAACAUAGAUCAGAAACAAAUAGUUUAUCUUCACUCAAGAAACAAAAACAUACUUUUUCAUUUCUUUGACUUAAUAUUCUCAUAUUCAAACUUUUACAGCUACAUAUUUGUUUGAUCUAGAUUGUUUCUGGUGUGCGUUUGCCGUCACUCCGCUCUAUCAGCUGUAUUUCUGUGCAGACUUUAGUGCGAACACUGUAAGGUGCGGCGGCUCCGCCUGCAGCCGCUGAACCUGCUGUCUGUCUGCAGUCAUGCUUUGCUGAACCAUCAGAGGAGAGCUGCUGUUAGCCGGGGAGGUGAUUUUCUGUAAAGUAUCAAUAAAACCUUUUCUAAUAAAAUUAUUUUAUUCUCCACUUCAGUUCAGCUUCAAAUGAGGCAUUUCUGCCAUAAAUUCUUCUCUUUGACCAACAGGUCUUCCUGAAUUAGGGAGACAUUAAAUCUGUGAGUCUUUAAAGUAGUGUAGUUUCUAUAAAUAAUGCAGAGUGAUAGUUUGCAGAAGGAUUCAUAUUUUUCCCUGAUCAUUAUUCACCAGUGUAGCUCUCUGAUAAAUAGAUCCGAGUUGCAGAGCAUAAAGAAAUCUACAUAUUUAAUCUCCAAAUGUCUGAACUUGUAUUGGAUCCUAAUUCUAGCUUUUAAACUCUAUAAUAUUUCCUUAAUUUCAGCCUGAUUUCCUCGUUUAUUUUCUCUGGAAGCUGUGAUGUCGUCCCUUUGCUUUCUUGAUUAAACCAUUUUAACAAGUUUGUUCAGGACUUUAUGACUUAUCUACCGUACAAAGUAAACACCAGAUUUAUUGGGUCACCAGUGUUUAUUUCAAAGACUUUCCUCCCUGAUGUUUCUGUUUUUUGUCUUGUUCAGUUAAACAUCCAAACGUUUAUUUUUCUUCCUCUCAGCAGCGAUGUUCAGAUCUCUGAUCCCUUCAGCUCUUCCUCUCCUGUUUAUCACCUUGUUUCUCUAAAUCUCCGUCAUAUUUACUCCUGCAUUCUGUUUCUGUUGGACUUUUAACAAAACAAACUCUGAAAGAAACUGUUGAUUAAACCGAUUAACGGUGUCUAAUUAAAUAUGUCGACGUUAAAUCAUCGGCAGCUCUAUGCAGGAAGUCUCACUUCAUCUGAAUUCACACAUCUUCAUGUUAAAUGACACUUUUGUAUGAUUUUUAUAGAUUCUGAGCUUUACCAAUUGUGUUUUCAUAUCUGAUGGUUUAAAGAAUAUAAAACAGCUGAUUAUUUGUGCCUAUAUUUUUUUCUACACAUGAAAUGACAAUAAAUUUUGUUUUAAAUAAA